AUGAAGCAUGGAGUGCUCGUCGAGGAUCUUCGGGAAUUCAAGCAUCUUUGGGAGGAAGCUGGAGUAUUUCAAGUGCUUCAAGAAAGCGGCGAGCUGUUCUUCGUGCCCUCCAAUUGGCACCACCAGGUGCACAACCUGGAGACGACCAUCUCCAUCAACCACAAUUUCGUCAACGCCUCCAACGCGCAUCUCGUUUGGGACUUGUUGAAGAGCAGACUCGUCGAUAUCAAGAAAACCCUCGAAGGGGUCGUUGGCUUCACAAAAGAAGAGCUGAUAGAGCAAUACCAAGUAAAU